AAGGUUUGCCGCAAAGACCACGACAAUCGGCCCACACGCAGAGCGCCAGCCUCACAUUCUUUUCAUACCCUGAACUCCGACACCUCUGCACCAUGUUCCCCCCUGGCCGCGGUAACGACAACCUGGACGUGGGCCAAAAAUUUGUGAUUAGCCUGUUUGGUACUAGCGAGGUGUUGACAGCAGAAGGACAAGAUGUUCGUCUCCGGGAAUACGAGAAGGAUAAGCGGAGCCAAAUCUGGGUCUGCGAAACGAACUCAAACGGUCGAUUCGGUAUGCGGAACUCGGCGACCGGGCGCAUGCUCGGCCGGGGGAACCAGAAGGACGGAGUUGGGUGUUUCGCGACCAAACAUCUUCCUUGGGAGUGCCUUACCUUUACGCGGCUUAGCCUAGGUGGGUAUUCAUUGAAGGUGAUUGGUGCUGUUACCGGUGAUAAGCUCUCCCCGGUUCAACGGAGAGACAAGACAAGUACGAGCUUAAUGAUUGGGACUGCAGCUCAUCAGUUCGGCCUGCACCAGCUCCAGGACUCGGUGUUCAGGCGGUUUGAGUGGGUGGCUCCGGGUCGUCUCGCACGUUCGUCUGCGCCGUACUAUGAUGGCGAGGAUUCCGAUGAGAGUAUUAAUGAAACCUCAAUUGGGUUCCUUGUCAGCCAUGGUAUAAAGAAUAUCAUCAGCUUGAAUUCCGUUGAGAUAUCGCCGCGGGAGAGAGGAAGGCUUCGUGUCGCCGGGAUCUCAUACUCGCACAUCAAGGCGCUGGAGUGCGCCGCACCCACACAAGAACAAUUCGAUAAGAUCUGGAAUGCCUAUGAGAAAGCGGGAGUUACCAUCGUCUACUGCGGAUAUGGGGAUGGGAGGACUGGGAUGGCUAUCAGCGCAAUUCAGCUCUUCCAGGGUCGUACUCUGAGCGGCCUUGAUUAUAAGGCAAACGGUGUCCAGUGUCGCGUUCAGAUAGAGGCAUUAAAUAAAUUAAGCGAUAGAAUUCAUGGGUGAGUCUCUCUUCCAGACAGGGUCUCAUUCCCGAGGCUGACCUUCGCUUCAAAUAGUGUCGAAAACCACAGCGACUCACCCGACACCCCCGAUGUCCAACCCCCACCAUAUAUGGAACCUAAAAAAGAAAAGCGAUAGGACAGAUCGAGAUGGAACUAUUCGAGGAUGAUAGGUUCCGGGGAGUGCGUAUCGGUAAUCUGGGUGGGUAUUCCAAUUCGGUAAUAGGAUGGUCGAGGAAUUGCGUGAUAAAAACCGAAAUCGCGAUAAGAGGCAGGCAGCGGUGGAGGUGGUCAGGUCUGGUGAUGGUUGGGAGGGGGGAUCGGUGGGGUACGGAGGUGUCGCAGGGAAGAAGCUUUUGUCUAUAAGGGAGCAACGGAAAGGUGGAAUUCAAGAUGUGUCCGGAGUGCGCUACGCUGUCGGUUGGAGUACCUCUACACUUAUCUAUUGUACCCCAGGGGUUCAAGGCUUAAGAGAAUUGAUAUCCUAGAUACAUGUGUCAAGAGUGAAAAGUAGCUUGAUGAAGCAAGGUGUUGAUGAUUUUGGUC